GUGUCACGCGGGGAAGUCCGUGACGUUCGCCUCCCAGCUACGGAAGCCGCGGAGGAGGGAAGCGGCGAGCGGACCUGGCAGGGGAUGGACGAGCGGUACCGGCAGAUGGGGAACAUCAGAGCCGCGGAGGGACACAGUGGUGGACCUCCGUUUGUUUGUGACAUGUGAUGAGUACAUGGUCAACUGGUCUCUUACCACGAAGCAACGCUCGCUUAAGGUGAUUGUUUAACAGCGUGGGCUUCCCAGCCUGCCGGCGAGCUAAGCUAACCUGCUAGCUUGGUAUGGGCUGCUCGGUUCGCGUCUGAACCCCGGGAACCGACAUGACUGCGGGCCGACUAGCGGCAUCUUUAUGAAGUCGCUCUGCGGUCAGAGUGACACAUAGUUAAUUAGGGUGUCGUUAUCAGCCAGCCUAGCCACCCAGUCUGUCAAGAGGCUAACCGUCCCUGGCCUGGCAUGGAGCCGGGCGGCCUGCGACAGAGCCCUGCCGGGUCCGGAGACUCAGAGACGGGUGAGUGGAGGGAAGAAAUCCCCGGUGGAGGCGCGGAGGGCAACGACUCCACUUCCGAAACGGUGAGCAAGGACGCCUGCGAGGGAAAGGAGAGCGGAGAGAACCGGAACAUCCACGGGGAACACCCACCCAGCCCCUACGAAGAGGAGCUGGACCCCAGGAUCCAGGAGGAGUUGGAACACCUCAAUGAAGCCAGUGCAGAAAUCAACAAGCUAGAGCUGCAGCUGGAUGAUGCAAGGUCAGGGUACAGAAAGAUCCUCACAGACUCCGCCAGGAAGCUUAAUGCCCACAGCUCGCAGCUUGGAAGCUGCAUAGAGAAGGCCAGACCAUACUAUGAGGCUCGUCGCCUUGCCAAAGAGGCUCAGCAGGAAACCCAGAAGGCUGCCCUGAGCUAUGAGAGAGCUGUCUCCAUGCACACUGCUGCCAGGGAGAUGGUGUAUGUGGCAGAGCAGGGUCUGAUGGCUGAUGGCAAGAACACCCUCGACCCCACCUGGCAAGAGAUGCUCAACCAUGCCACUGCGAAAGUGAAUGAGGCCGAAGAGGAGCGUCUACGUAGUGAGAGAGAGCAUAUGCGUGUCACACAUGCCUGCCAGGAAGCCGAGGCACGAGUCCAGACACUGCAGAAGUCCCUGAAGAGAGUCAUCCUCAAGUCCAAACCAUACUUCGAGCUCAAGGCCCAGUUCAAUCAAAUCCUGGAGGAGCACAAGGCCAAAGUACUGCAGCUGGAGCAGCAUGUGGCCAAAGUCAAGACUCGCUACUCCAUCGCCCUACGCAACCUGGAACAAAUAAGUGAACAGAUCCAUGCCCAGAGGGGGCGGGACCAAGGCGAUGGAGGGCGAACCACUGGCUGCAGUGGGCGGAGUCCCCCUGUGGGAGCAGAGUCUGACAGCCUGAUCCAGGAACAGGCUGGGGCCUGCGGAGGCAGUGCGACAAGGAAAGAUGGAGCGGAAAAAGACAAGGAUCUGCUUGAGCCAUACAGGGAGAGGGAGUGGGAGAAUGGGAGGGAGAGAGCAGGAUCAGAUUCUCUGUCUGUCUUCAGCCUGCAGACCAUUGCUUCUGACCUUGAGAAAUGCGACUCCAUCGAGCACCUUGGAGACUUCAGCGAUGUGUCGAGUGUCACGGGGGAUGAGGGGGAGAAAGAGGGAGGCGGAAUGAUGGACAGGAGAGACAGGCCCAUGGAAAUCGCUGCCAAAAAACGCCAACAUCAGUUUCACAAGCAGCAUCACCGAAGCCUCAGUCUGUAGGCCAGUCCUAGUUGUACCUGCAACUAGUGUAAGAGCUUGACUUUGGUGUAGAGGGUGGAGGCCCUGAGAGAAGUCAGUAAGGGUGUAUGAUAAUCUGUUGUAGAGGACAGCCAUGUUGACUGGCAUCACACUGUACAGUGAACUGUUGUCACCUAGUUAGAACACUACCAGAGCUUGUAGAAACGACGUACCCCCAGGAUGAGAGGUAUAUUCACUUCCCUUACUCUGGCAGGUCGGGAGCCCUGUGGAGCGUGAAGGAACUGGGAGGGAAGAUAAGAAACCCGCUUUGAAUGAACAUUGUAUUUAAGAAGGGCACCAUUUCUCUCCUUUUCUCUGAGUAAACGUAGAUCCAGUAUGAAAAGACUGGUCAACACCACGUGCUUCGUUAUUCGAACCCCAGUCAAGUCGAGUCACAUCACUCCAAGGUUGGGGGUCGCAGCCUCUGCUCAUGCACACUUAAGUUUCACUGCGGCUGACCUUAUUCUGUGGGCACGUCAGGAAGAACGACAGAACCGUUCUGUGCAACAUGGACACAUGUUUGAGUGUACAUGAAAUCUAUUUAUUUACCCUGACUUGAGUUUCUUGUUAAUGUUGCAUGAAAGAAGGAUGUGUUUCUUGAUCACUCCUGAAAGGUAAAGGGAAUGAGUGAAGCGGAGCCUUAAGACAGCACAGCGCCGUAGGCUGUUGGCUCAGUGACAGCGUGCACGCCAGACGAGCUGUUUAUGCAGGUAUGAUGACGUGUAGCCAGGGCAGUGUGAUCAGACAAGCACUGAGAAGAUGUGUUAAGAUGAAAGAGUUCAGUGGUGUUUUCAUGAUUUGUAGCUGUUUUAUGACUCAAACAGUCGUACCGUACUUCGAUAUGGUUUACGCUUAUGAUGUUUCAUGGGCAGCAAAUACAAAGAUGCAUUGUAAUGAUCAUGUUGAGCCUUUUUUACUUCAGAGGUCUUCCUUGGUUGUCAUUUGAAGUGUGCCUUGACACUGAACACCUAACAUGAAAUGUACUGUGUGUCUGUUGCUGUGAAGUCAGUCUCACACUGUUGAGCCUUCCUGGUUGUAUUUCACAGUGACUCAUCUCAGUCGGCCAAACCGGUUUGUCAUGCAGCUCUGAAGAGGCUACUUUUUAAAUUUCUUUCAUUUUAACCCGCGGUGGUGUGGUACUUUGUUUUGUCAAAGUGUAAGAUACAAAACAGUGAAGUCAAAAUUGACUUGUAAAUGUCUGUAAUAAUUACAAACCUAGAAUAUUAUGAAAUGUACAAUUACACACACUGCUGACUUGAAUAUGUGAGAGUUGUGCCGUUGUUGAAUAUUUCAACAUUUUAAUCAGCCCAUUUUCCUCAGCUGAGUUCCUGUCUCCCGCUGCAGGUGGUCCAUAAUGCUCCUGCACCACUUAGGAGUUCUUCUCAUCUUUUACUGACCUUCAGCGUUCCACACUUCUCUCCUGCUGUGCCCUCACUGCUGUACCCACCCACACUGCUGUACCCACCCACACUGCUGU